UUGAUAGAGUUUUCCUCAUAAUAUUUUGGUGAUUACUGUGAGAAUUCUGCAAUGCACAUAUUUAAAACAGUGCAAAUGGCUAUUGAAAAUCCUGUUUACGUGAUUAUGUUUACUCAGCGAUUAAUCUGUCGUGAAAUGUAUACAGUCGAUACAUUGCGGCAUAAAGUAAAAAUAAAUCGUUUCACUCAAUAAACUUUCUUGUUAUAUUUAUACAACUGGAGUAAUUUCUGAUCAGUCAUGUCUGCUGAUAAAGACAGGAAACGUGGCAAUAGGGCACAAGGCUGGGAAGAGGCUGGUGAAGAAUUUUAUCGUGAAAGUUAUGCAGGAGAAUUUGAUAUAUUACCCAAAGAUCCCAGUCGUUUGACAACAUUUCUUCCAUCAAAAAAGAACAGAUCUCUUGCAAAUAGACAUAAUGCAUCUGGAUCUACUUAUCAAAGACAUGGUUCAAUCAUUAGUGGUACCAAAAGAUUUAAGGAAUCCACGACCAUUACUAGAAAUGAUGUACAGGUUGCUAUGCUUCCGGACUUAUCAGAAAAUCUGACCGAUGAAGAAAGGACAUGGGAACAAAUACAAGAAAUCAAAACAAUGCCUAUAUCAAUGACACAAAAAAAGGAGCUGAGAACACAACUACAAAGUGCAGAGAAACUUCGUCUGCAAGGAUUUGAUCAAAUUAGAUGGCAGCAGAGAAAGCUAUGGCAAUUAUUUGGUACAAAAUUAAAAUCAAUGUCUUCUAAAUUAGAACUAUGGAAGUCUUCUAUCAAAAGACUUGAAGGUAACUUUGGUACAGGGAUUGCUGCCUAUUUUGUGUUCAUAAAAUGGGUGAUGUUUUUGAACCUAACGAUUUUUUCUAUAAUGUUUUUUAUGGUCAUUUUGCCAAAUGUUCUCUUGGAAGAAAAGGUGAUUCAAAAAUGUGAUUACAUGGAAGGAAAUUUUACAGAUAGUUGCUAUGAAAAUAAUGUGAAUAUUUCAUUGUUGUAUACGCCAGUUUUAGAUUUCAUUCAAGGCAGUGGGGCAAUUGAAAGAACUUUAAUGUUCUAUGGUGGUUAUAAUUAUAAUGAUCAAAUUAAUAGUAGUACAUUUGGAGAAAUAUAUUUUAGUUAUGAUUUAUCCUUAGCUUAUAUCAUAUCUGCUUUUGUAGCCUAUAUUGUAUCGCUCAUUGCAAUUAUGAGGUCUGCUACUUCAGGAUUUAAAGAAAGAUUAGAGAGAUGUGAAGGACAGUUUUAUCAGUAUUGUAAUAUAAUUUUUGUUGGCUGGGAUUUCUGUAUCCAUAAUAAAAAAUCUGCAGCUAUUAAACACAAAGCCAUCUACAAUGAAAUGCAUGUGUGUUUACAAAAUGAAUAUUUUAAUGGAGAGACAGAUAAAAAGUGUAAGCUUAUAAUUAUAAGAUUGAUCGCUAAUUUUUUUGUUAUAAUAUUAUUGCUAGGGACAUGUGUAACAGUGCACUUUGUGUCUGACUAUUCUUACGAUGUUCUAAAUAUGGAACAACUUUACUAUGAUACUGCAGAUGAUGCAAAAACGUUUUUUAUUCAAUUUUUGCCGUCAUUCACUAUUGUUUUCUUGAAUAUGUUCAUACCUUUAAUUUUCAACAUAAUAGUUAAGUUUGAACAUUAUUCUCCCAUAGCUGUUAUCCGCUUUACCUUACUUAGGUCAAUAGUUUUAAGAUUGCUAUGUCUUGCCAUACUUUUAAGUAGAUUAUAUUUUCUUUUCUGUAGAGGAACCUCAUUUUGUUGGGAAACAUAUGUCGGUCAGCAAUUUUACAGAUUAUUUAUAACAGAUUUUACAUUUCAUAUUAUAGUAACAUUCUUUAUAAAUUUACCUCGAAGUCUUCUAGUCAAAAGCGUGGAUAAUAACUUUACGCAAUUUAUUGGUGCACAAAAUUUUGAAUUGUCAAAACAUGUUUUGGAUAUAAUUUAUGCUCAGACUUUAUGCUGGCUGGGUUUAUUUUACUCUCCUUUUUUACCUGCAAUUGCAGUUUGUUAUUGUUUUUUUAUGUUUUACAUAAAAAAAUUUGCAUGUUUUAUUAAUUCGAAACCUUCAUAUGUUAUCUAUCGUGCAUCAAAGUCUAAGUCACUCUUUAUGUUAGUUAUUUUAUUUAAUUUUUUUGUAGCAAUUAUUCCGGUUGUAUUAGCUUUAACUGAAAUAGCCCCUUCUGAAAGUUGUGGCCCAUUUCGAGGAUUGUCAUCUGCAUGGCAAACUAUUAAAUUAUCAUUUAUGGUUGUGCCUGAGAAGCUAAAAGAUGUAAUCAUAUUCUUCUCUACUAUUAGUUUUACUAUACCUGCUUUUGUAGCUUUGCUUUUGGUAGUUGGCUAUUAUAAUAUAGUUUACUCCAUUAAUAAACAUAUGGUGUUAGUGUUAAAGAAGCAGCUAGUAUUGGAAGGUCAUGAUAAGCAGUUCCUAUUAGAUCGUUUAAGUUCAUUUAUAAAGCAACAACAAGAAUACCAAAAAGAUUUAUCAUAAUUUAUUUAUUUAAUUAUAGUUUCAUAGUUUUUUCUAGUCACAAAUUAAAUUUAAUUUAAUAUAA